ACUUAUGAAUGAUUUGCACCAAAAUUAUUUACAUAUAACUUUAUCAGAAUUAAAUUCUGAGCCAGUGAUUUGAUGUAGAUUAAAAUCGUCACAUUUAAAAAUGACUCAUAUUUUUUGUAUCAUGUUAACAAAAUUAUUCUUUCUAAAAGAAUAAAGAAUCAUGGAUCACCUAUUCAAUUCUAGAUUAACUUUCAACAAUUACAAGAUUUGUGUUUUCAGAUCUUUUAUGAAUGAUUUCAGAAUUUGGUAGUUUAAUUAAAUAUUCAUAACAGAAAUUCUUAUUGAUUCAUUAUGCCUUCUGAAAUUUGUCCAAAAUGUCAAAAAGCUGUUUAUGCUGCAGAAAGAAAAAUAGCCGGUGGUAAAGCAUGGCAUAGUAUGUGUUUAAAAUGUGGUUUGUGCAAUAAAAUGUUAGACAGUACUACAGUGGCUGAACAUGAAGGAGAAGUAUUUUGUAAAACUUGCCAUGGUCGUAAAUUUGGUCCUAAAGGUUAUGGAUUCGGUGGAGGUUCUGGAGCACUGAAUAUGGAUACCGGAACUCAUGUUGGUAAUAAAGAAACAGAAAUGUCAAAUAAACCAACAGCUGGCGCAAUGGGUGGUAAAGUUAUACCUCCGGAAGAAGGUGGUUGCCCACGUUGUGGUAAACGAGUAUAUGAUGCCGAAAAAGCUAUUGGAUGUCCAAGUGGACUCAACUUUCAUAAAGCUUGUUUCCGAUGUAAAGUAUGCGGGAAAUCACUUGACUCAACCACGUUGUGUACUCAAAAGGAAGAAAAAGAAAUUUAUUGUAAAGCUUGUUAUGGAAAAAAUUUCGGACCAAAAGGUUUUGGUUUUGGACAAGGUGCUGGUGCAUUAAAUAUGGGUUGA